GCUUGACUCCUGUCGGGUUUGCUUGCGUGGUUUGGCUUGGCUUUGCCAUGAUAUCAUUCCCCGGGAGUAAGUUCGCCGGUGUGGAUAUACAAUGUUCGUUCCGCCAUUGUAUCUUGAGUUGUUGUUGAUCACUUUUCUGUUGCUUGACUCUUGCGCAGUGGGGAUGAAUCGUUUACUUUUGUUCCGGUCAGCUCUAGGGUCAAAUGUCACGGUGAACCACCUCCAGCUCUUCAGGUUCAUGAGCGUCUGAACGCAGUG